CCGUCUCGAGCGAGCUGCUGAUGGUACAGGAGGAGGCAGAGAAGGAGAUGAAGGCGGCCGCAACUCUGCAGGAGCUAGAAGACCUUCGACGCAAGUACAUGACCAAAAAGGGACCAGUGCAGAGGGUCAUGGGACAAAUGAGACUCCUCAGCCCGGAAGACAAGCCGAAGCUGGGUAAGGUUAGCAAUGUAGUGAAGGCGUCCUUGGAGGAAACGCUCAAGUCUUCCAAGGCCGCGCUCGAGAACGCUGCCGUCGAGGCGGAGAUGGAGAAGGACAAGGUGGACCUCACGCUGCCCGGGAUCCAAAGCGGGAGGCACGCCCCGCACGGGCACCGGCACCCGCUGUCCAUCAUGACGGAGCUGGCCACGGACGUGUUCAUAGACAUGGGGUACUCCCUUGUCGACGGCGUGGAGGAUGCUCCCGAGAUCGAAAACGACUACUACUGCUUCGAGGCGCUGAACUGCCCCAAGGACCACCCGGCGAGAGAUAUGCAGGACACGUUCUACAUCGAGCACGAGGAGGGGGAGGAGCCCUUGCUCUUGCGCACUCACACGUCGUCGGUGCAGAUCCGGGCCCUGGAGAGGCUGAAGCCGCCGCUCGCCAUCGUGGCGCCCGGCCGGGUGUUCCGCCGAGACACGCCGGACGCCACCCACAACCCCGAGUUUCACCAGAUCGAGAUUCUCAACGUCCAAAAGUCGGGGGAGCUGCACCUGGGCCACCUCAAGGGUACGGUGGACCACUUCCUCAAGAAGAUGUUCGGCCCCGACGUUAAGACGAGGUACCGGGGGAGCUACUUCCCCUUCACGGAGCCCAGCAUGGAGGUGGACAUCUGGUUCAAGGGGAAGAUCGACGGAAAAACAACCAGUUUCGCAUCCCCCCCCCGCGCGCGCCCCUUGCAAAUCAACAGGUGGAUGGAAGUGUUAGGGUGCGGCAUGGUGGACCCUCGCGUGCUUGAGAUGGCCGGAGUUGACCCCGAGGAGUACUCGGGCUUCGCGGCCGGGUUCGGGGUGGAGCGUUUCGCCAUGGUCUUGUUCGGGGUGCAGGACCUUCGCAACUUCUGGAGUAGCGACAUGAGGUUCCUGGAGCAGUUCCCAGCGGACAUUCAGGCAAGCGGCACAUAA